UCUUUCUCUCACACACACAUGCUCUCUCUCAGGUCUCAGGACUGUCUGCUGUGGUUCUGAUCCUCAUCUUCUUAAGGAUGGCCUGGAAUCAUUCUGUCCUGCUCACACUGCUGCCCAGCGUCCUCAUUUUAAUCGUGCUGGCUGGGGUUGAAAGUGCAGCUGUUAAAGAUGGAAAAAACACUGAAGCUCAAGGGCCAUCUAAACGAGUUUUCAUGCCAGCAUCAGAUGCCUCAAACUUCUUCAAACGCCGCGGUCGCAGAUCCCCAAGAACUUAUGAAGAGUAUUAUGCGGAGCAAAGGGUGAAGCUGGCUGCAAAUGAGCGGAGGAGGGAGCACUAUGAGGAACAAAGCAACGAAUACGAGAACUAUUUAGAGGAGGACCGUGAUGAACAGAAUGAGAGGACCAGAGAGAAGAACGAACAGUGGAGAGAAUUCCACUAUGAUGGGCAAUACCCACGAUACCCUCACCAUCGCCCGUACGUCUGAGCACAUGCAAGGCCCAGAGAGUGCAUCUUCAGUGGAGGGACACUUUCAUGACCUUAUACAACUAUUAUUCAAAACAUAUAAGCACUUUUAGAUUUAAAGCUCUUAAUACUACGGAGCCCCUAGGAAGAAAACAAUAUGAAAUGGGGGGGGGGGAAAUGAUAUGCCAAUGCUUUUGUGUUUGCUUGCAAAACUUUGCAUUUCCUCACAAAACUGUGUAGCACUGAAUGCGAGGAACCGAAAGUUUUUCAGAAAGCAUUUUAUGAGUGAAUUUUUUGGGGGAAAGCACAAACGCAAAAGCUUUAAAAUAUAUUUUUUCCAACACCCCAAUAGAGUCAAAACUGAGAUGAGAAAGUUUUUUUGUUUAAUGCUUUUGCGUUCUCUCACAAAUCUUCACGGUGGAACAGAAAACUUAUUUUUUUAUCACAUAACAUUAUAAAGCAAUAUUAUUAUACCAUAUUCUCACUAGGGGCUCCAUAUAAUACAUGUAUAAUAAAAGGGUUUGUGUA